CGACAACUCUAAUACAACAGCAUCAACCAUUCCCUAGACGACCAACGACAGAGCUUUCGACGCUUCCUUCCAUACACGGUUCGUUAAUCCUACACUAGUCUAGACAGCAGCCAUGGGUAUUUCCAGGGAUUCCCGCCACAAGCGCUCCGCUACCGGAGCAAAGCGCGCAACCUACCGCAAGAAGCGUGCCUUCGAACUCGGCCGCCAAUCCGCCAGCACUCGUAUUGGAACUAAGCGCAUUCACCUUGUCCGUACUCGUGGUGGAAACCGCAAGUUCCGUGCGAUCCGCUUGGAGGCUGGAAACUUCUCCUGGGGUUCUGAGGGUAUUAGCAAGAAGACCCGUGUCAUUGGUGUCGUUUUCCAUCCUUCCAACAACGAGUUGGUUCGUACCAACACCUUGACCAAGUCCGCCAUUGUUCAGAUUGAUGCUGCGCCUUUCCGACAAUGGCAAUUACCCCUUAAUUUGCAGAUUAAGCGCGGUGCGGCCGCUAAGGCUGAGGCCGCUGAGACCGCCCCCACCACCAAGUCCAAGUCCGUCCAGCGCAAACUCGCCGCCCGUGCUCCAACCGCCAAGGUCGAGAAUGCCCUCGAGACCCAAUUUGCCGCUGGUCGUCUAUACGCCGCUAUCUCUUCCCGCCCUGGUCAGUCCGGUCGUGCAGAUGGGUACAUUCUUGAGGGAGAAGAGCUCGCCUUCUACCAGAAGCAGUUGAAAAAGUAGAUAAUUUUCUUCUCGUAUUCGGGCUGGAGGCGGUUUUGUGCAUAAUGGGAUUGGGAAUUAAAAAAGUACCCCCUACGGUUAGGCAACGGAUUCGUCUGUUUUCUUCUAUCAAUGUUCAAGAUCUUAAACGGUUGAAUCCG